GAUUUGUGGGAUGAGUGGGAUUGGGAAGACUACUUUGGCUGAAGUUGUCUUUGAGGGCAUUCGAAAUUCAUUCCAACAAAGCAGCUUUAUUGGAAAUAUCAAGGACAUCUCCAGGGAACAUGACAGUGAUUUAUGCAAGUUACAACAAAAAAUCCUUGAUGAUGUCUUAAAGGAUGAAAGCAUACCAGUUAGAAAUGUUAAACAUGGACAAACUCUGUUGAUGACGGAGCUACGUGAUUUGAAGGUCAUAAUCGUUUUGGAUGAUGUGAAUCAUGCUGACCAGUUUAGGUACUUGGCUGGUGGGCGUGAAUGGUUUGGACCUGGCACCAGAAUCAUAGUAACAACAACAAAUGCAGACUUGCUUAGUGCAUCUAAAGUAAAUAAAAUAUUUUUGUGUGAAGAAUUGAAAGGUGAAGAUGCUCUUAGUCUCUUUUUCCAGUCAGCAUUUGGAGAUGGGCAACCUUCACAUGGUUACGAAAAGCUGUCAGCUGAUAUUGUGAAGUUUACUGGCGGUCUUCCAAUAGCGCUUACUGUUUAUGGUUCUCUACUAUGUGGAAAAGAGGAAGACUAUUGGAAAGACAUAUUGAAGAAAGUUCAAAAAUAUCAACCUAAAGAAGUUCUUGGAAGACUUGAAGUAGGUUAUGUUAGACUAGAUAGACAUCAGCAGCUUACCUUCAUGUAUAUCGCAUGUUUCUUGAAAGGGAGAGACAAAGAUUUGGUAGAAGAUAUACUUACCGAUAUUGGUCUGCACUCCGAGAGUGGAAUUACUGAUCUUAUAAACAAGUUUCUUAUUACUACUAGUUUUGAUGAGUGUGUGUGGAUGCAUGACCUGCUCCAACAAAUGUGCUGGGAAAUUCUUCGUAGGGAAUCACAACAAUACAAUGAAAAACUAGUUGCAAUCAAGUAUCGUCAUGAUGUUUUGGAUAUUCUCUUAUCCAACGCAAAGGAAUCAAGAACAAUUGAAAUCAUUAACCAGGAGCCAUAUAAGAUUGAAGUGGAUGAUUGCAUUGAUGAUCCAUCCUGCUUUUCAAAGAUGAGGAAACUAAAGUUUCUAAGAAUUAGUAAUAUACACUUUCCUCAAGGUCUUAAUUAUCUUUCAAAUGAUCUUCGGAUUCUGGAAUGGUAUGGUUGUUCAUUAAAGUCCUUGCCUUCAAUGUUUAAACCUAAACAUAUUUAUCAACUUGAAAUGUGUUAUAGUCAACUUGAAACUCUCUGGGAGACAAAUGUUGAUCUUCCUAAUUUGAGAUCAAUUGAUCUUAGUUUCUCAAAGGAUUUGACCAAAAUCCCUGACUUGACAUCAACUCCGAAACUUGUGAAACUAAAUCUUGAAGGCUGCACCAAAUUAAAAGAGCUACACAAAUCAGUUCUUUUUCACAAAAGGAUACGAUACCUAAAUCUUAGUGGGUGCACACAUCUUCAGGGCCUUGGCAGAAGCAACAUGGAAAUGGAAGCUCUUGUGACACUACUACUUUCCGGCUGCUCAAAUCUUGAAUAUAUCCCUGAGUUUGGACACAAGAUGAAGUGCUUAGAGCAUCUGUAUAUAGAUGGAACUAACAUCAAGAAAUUACCAGAAAGCUUGGGGGAAUUGUGUAAUUUAAGGAAGCUUGAUGCAAGUGAAACUUCUAUACAAGAGAUUCCUUUGUCUGUUCAUUACCUGAAAAGAUUAAGACUCCUACGUGUUCAUAGAUGUCCGCUUUCGUCCCAAAGCAGAGGUCUUCUUUUUUCAAAGAUGGAUUUGUUAUUAUCUGGUUUAAAGGAACUUGAUUUAAGUUAUUGCAAUCUAUCUGUUGUCCCUGAUGGUAUCGGAUUAUUACAUCGAUUAGUAGAUUUGGAUCUGUCUGGAAAUAAUUUUGUUUCUCUGCCUGCGAACAUCAGUCUCCUCUCAAAUCUGAGAAUGCUUUGUUUGAAUAAUUGCAAGAGGCUUCAGUCACUACCAAAACUUUCAAUUGUAAGUGAAGACACUCUUUAUGGACUUCCGAUGAGAUUCAAUUACAUUAUCUCAAAAAAAUGGGUAGCUGUUUCUAAGUUUCAUGGCAGAAGCAACAGCACUUUUCCAAUGGUUUCCUGUUUGAAUUGCCCUAACAUAGCAGAGAACGAAAACGGCAGUCAUAUGGCAGAAAAAAAUAUUAAAUAAUUACCUUCAGUUACGAACAAGAUGUUGGAUCACAUCAGAAGCUGUAUUUGAGAUACUUGGUGCUGGAAGUGAAAUUCCAUUAGAUUACAAGCUGCUAAGAUCUGGUGAAAGUUUGACUCAUAAAGGCCCAUGGAUCGGAGUUGUUAUAUGUGCUAAUGUUGCUUUACACCACAUUGAUGCUUCUAUAGAAACAAAAUACGUGGUAACAGCUCAUAUUCAUGAUGGUGAAAAAUAUUGGAGGAUUCAAGUCCCCAUAAACUUGUUAGCAGCAAGGUUGGAGAACCAAUUGGUUUUCUAUUGGACGAGAGAAGGUGACCUUCUAAGAACUGUAGAUUCAAGUCAAAGGAACACCUUUAAGUUUUCAUUUAGCGUGGAGCCACGAGAUUGUACAUUAGAAGUGACUAAAUUUGGAGUCCGUUUUAUCCAAGAAGACGACAUUAUGCAGCUGACAAACCUUAAUUAUUAUACAACUAAGUUGAUGAAGUUUGUGCUU